AUGCACGUCGCCAUCGAAUCUCUCCAGGACAGCCGCAUGACGACCUCUGAGGGUGUGGGGCGUCUCGAAGCAUAUCUUAGGCCGGCGCCCGUCGCACCCGGCAAGGCGCGGCUUAGCUCGGCUCACGGCGGGCGGCCGAGCUGGAUCGGCCCCUUUCCGCCCACGGCCUAUGCCUCGACGGCCUUGCGUGUCAAACGGUGCCCAGCGUACAACCGCUCCCUUCAACAGCCGCCGCCAACCUCUCCUUCUCCUUUCGGCACCCACUGUCGUGCGAAAACAGGCAGAGAGGGCUCGUCAUGGGAGCCGCAAAGCCUGGUAAUCCGCUGCUGGACAUUGGUGAGGUGCGGCAACCCCGCUUCCCUCACACGGCUUAUGGACCACACGGACCAGUGUCAGAUUACUCUAGGUGUGCGUGUGUUUCCGUUCUCUUCGGCCCAGCAUCUGAUGGACCUGACCAGGCGGUCUCAGGGGAGGGUGGAUUACGAAGAUACUUAA